AUGGAGGGUAAAGUCAAAGUCUUAAAGGAAGGGGAGGAAAAGGGUAAUAUGGGACCAGGAAAAGUAUUUGGAGAACUUGCCAUCUUGUACAAGUGCCCAAGAACAGCCAGUGUGAAAGCUGAGAGUGAUGUUAAGGUCUGGUCCAUUGACAGGCAGACAUUCCAGACAAUUAUGAUGAAGACGGGAAUGUUAAAACAGCAGGAACACAUUGAAUUCUUGAAAAGUGUUCCAUGGCUGGCUAAGUAUGGGGAAGACUUGCUCUGUAAGGUUGCUGAUGUCAUCGAGGAGGCAUUCUAUGAUGAGGGAGAGUACAUCAUACGUCAAGGUGCCAGGGGAGACACAUUUUUCAUUAUCAAGAAGGGAGAGGUGGAAGUUACUCAGAGAGCAAAUGUGCAUGCAGAACCCAAUUUCAUUCGCACUCUCAAAAAGGGGGAAUACUUUGGAGAAAAAAACCUCAUGGGACCUUUUGAAGCAUAUAUUGGAAGUUUAGAUGACUUAAAAACUGACAAGUAUAGUGACAAGGCUAGAGGAGUUGAGCCACAGACUGCAAGUCGCACAAAAGAAGAACAGAAUGAGUUUGCCAGUGUUUCCUUGAAAGAUAUCUCAAUCUUGAAGACACUGGGAGUUGGAGGAUUUGGACGUGUUGAAUUGGUUCAAGUCGCUAAUGAAAAGAAAACAUUUGCCCUGAAAACUCUUAAGAAACAUCACAUUGUUGAAACAAGACAACAGGACCAUAUCAAUUCAGAAAAGAAAAUCAUGAUGGAGGCCAACUGUCCCUUCAUUGUGAGUCAUGUACAUUCAGGGGCGGGUCCAGGAAUUUUUGGUUGGGGUCCAAACUUUGACUUGUCCUGCUUUCACACUUUUCAGCCUGAAAACUUGCUUUUGGAUGAAAAAGGCUACUGCAAAUUGGUCGAUUUUGGUUUUGCAAAGAGAAUAGGUUAUGGAAGAAAGACGUGGACAUUCUGUGGAACACCUGAGUAUGUUGCACCCGAGAUCAUUCUCAACAAGGGCCACGACUUGUCAGCAGAUUACUGGUCUCUAGGAAUUCUUAUGUAUGAACUGCUUACUGGCAGCCCACCAUUUACUGGAUCAGAUCCAAUGAAAACCUACAACAUAAUUCUCAAAGGAAUUGAUAUGAUCGAGUUUCCCCGCAAGAUCACCAGAAAUGCUCAUGGUCUCAUUAAAAAGCUUUGUCGGGACAACCCAAUUGAGCGGCUUGGCUAUCAAAAGGGAGGUCUGAAAGACAUCAAGAAAAACAAGUGGUUCGAUGGUUUUAACUGGGACGGAUUGAAGCAGAGGAUACUGAAAGCUCCCAUCGUCCCUAAGAUAAAGUCUCCAACGGACGCAUCCAACUUUGACGACUACCCACCCGAUGACGAGAUACCUCCCGAUGACACAACAGGCUGGGACAGGGAAUUCUAAUCUAGUUGUUAGUGCUAUCGCCUUCCGCAUGCUACUUAGUACCUCCAGUGUAUCUCCAACGGGGUACCUUCAGUAUACAGAGCAAGAUGAACAAUUCCUUUUACGCAGUUCCUAUCCCUUCUGUUUAAUUUCCUAAGUCCUUCCCAUUCAUGUUCUAAGUAUCGGGAUAAGAAAUUAAAUUUUUAACUUUCUUUUAAGAGUUUUAAUAUAGUUUUUGUUUGUUCCUGGAAAAGUCCAUUUUGAUUCGAAAGCGAAGUAACAACUGUAGAGUCGCUUUCUUCAAAGUAAGUAAAGAAAUUGCAUCGAUAUUUUAGGAUUUCUUAGUUGCAGUUACAACCGAAGUUUCAAAUUGAUCUUGCUCUGAAAAUGUUUUUAUGGUUAUUAUUAAUGUGAUAAGCAAGACUGUGAAUGAUAGACUUGCAAUUGUUUUAUAAUUUUGCUGACAUAGGUUUUUUUUCUCCUUGUCACCAUCCAUUUGUGCCUGACGAAAUCUGCGCACAGUUAAAUUGAGCGCUGGAGGGAUAGCGAUUGUUUUAGAAAAUCGUAAAAAGCAGAAGAUCGGCAAGAAGUCAUGAAAUAAUUAUUCUCAUAUUUUAACAAUGUAUUAUCCCUAAUUGGUUUGCUUUGGAGAGUGUUAUUAUCCAAGCAUACCCUCAUAUUUUUAAUAAUAAAUAAUGUAACGUCUUAAAAGUAAAUGGUAGUAAACCCGAAAGGGGAGAACAAUUUUAAUUGAUUAUCAAUUUGUAAACGAGUCAUUUCACUGUGUUCUUCAGGACCUUUGCAAACAGAAGAGCAAAAUUUAAUAUGUGUUCAGCAUAUUCUGCUCCUUUGAGACAAUGCUUCCAAUUUUCUUUCGGAAUAGUGUGUUGAAGAUAUGUAAAUAAUUCAGUCACAAUUAAUAGUAAUAGAAACUGACAUUAGUACCCUGUCACAUAAAUAUAUCUCCUAAAGAUACUUUCCUUGUGGUACUAGAUUUCACUAUUUCCGCGCUUCUAACGCAGCCUACGAAUUUGUGGAGAAAGCAAAUGUUUUGCAUCCAAUAAGGUUGGAAUAAUAUCAAAACAGUUACGUUCGUAGCUAAACCGUCUUAAAUAACACCCUUACCAAAGGAAAAUAACAAAAAGCGAAUUUUUCUAUCAGUGACACGUUAUGAUCUGAACUAGCAUGGUGAAUAAGUUACGCUUGUUGUUUCUAAGAGAUUCCUUUAUAACCUGGGUUACCUUAUUGUCAAGUUAUCUAGGGCGUAAACUGCUUUAAGUAACUUAUACAAAGUAAUUACUCACUUAAAAACUAAAUUUAUUUUGUGACAGCCCUUUAGAGACUAGUCACGCGUUAUUUGUAUCGUGUAGCGGUCAGGUGGUCCUGCUGGUAUGCAGAAUAUGCCUUGUAACACAAUCGUUAUCACGAAAGUAGUUGAUUUAUUUGUUAGGAUCUAUGUGGAGCUGGUUUGGUCGCGAAGUCAGGAGAGCAAGUCGGUUGUCUGUGCAACGAAGUGCUUAUCAAUGCUGAAUUUCGGUGCACGCACACUUUCAAUUGACUCUGCGUAACAAUGUAUUUCCUCCUUCUUUAGAGUGUUCCACUCAUAAGUGUAGCAGAAUGACGGGGUACUCGCAGACUCGCAAUGUAAGAAAGCUCUUCUGAGUUCCAGCUGCCAACGACAUUCCUAAAAGAGAAAGAUUUUAACCUUUUACCUAAACGGUGAGCAGUUCUAUGCUAUGUUUUUCAAUAUCUUACAAGUAAGAAUAUAAAUUACUCAUUGCAAUAAACGAACUAAAAAUCACACAAGGCAGCUAACUUUGCUCUUCAAAUAACUAUUUGGCGAAAUCAAUUUUUACGUAGGAUUUACCAUUUAAUUGUUUUAUCUAUGUGGGUAUAGAUAGGCGGUCAUUAAUUUUAAGAAAGUAACUUUCUAAAGUUUUCAACAUCGUUUUUAAGGUUUUUAGGAGAAUUUUAUGUCGGUUAUUUAUUUCGGACGCCCCUAUCCGUAUGAAAUUGUAUUCGUUAGGAAUUGAGCAGUGCACGGUGGGUUUGAUACAUCGUAUCUGUGAAAUGAAAUGAAUUAUUCUCUUGGUAGUUUUCUAUUUAUUUCUUCUAGAAAUGGUAAUCAUAAAUAUAAUCAGAUAAAGCUGUGAAAUGAGAGCGUCAUUAAAAUUUUUUAACCACUUCA